UUUAUAAAAAAACUUCAAAAACAUGGUGGCAUCUCAGUAGGAAGGUGUAUUUUAUAACUAGUCAUUAAAAAUUAAAGAAGCUUAUUAAGCAAGUGUGUUUGAUUCAAUUUAGAAACACCACAUAAAUAAGCUUCACAAAUCAGGAUGACGUCCGAAGAAGUCCAGAUAUCCGAGCAACUCAAAGGGUGUUACGAAAAUCUUAUUGUAAUUGAUAUUGGUGCCAAUUUAACGAAUAAGAAGUACGGCCGUGAUCUCGAUUCUGUGAUACAAAGAGCAAAAGAUGCAGGUGUACAAAAAAUUAUGGUUACUGGCACCUCAGUGAGGAGCAGUAAAGAAGCUUUAAGACUGACUAGACUUUACCCGAGCACUAUUUAUUCAACCGCAGGUGUACAUCCUCACGAUGCCAAAUCCAUGGUUGACGAGGACAUGUGGGCGGAGCUCAUGGAAAUAGCAGCUGCCCCGGAGUGUGUCGCUGUCGGGGAGUGUGGACUUAACUACAGCAAGGAGUUCUCCGAGCCCCAUGUGCAAAGAGAGGUGUUUAAAAGACAGGUGGAGAUGGCGUGCGAGCUGCGGAAACCUCUGUUCGUCCACGAGAAGGAAGCUCAGGACGAUCUGCUGAAGAUUCUAGACGAGUUCGGUAGCCGACUGCCCCCAGUAGUGAUACACUCGUUCACCGGCUCCGUGGAACAAGGGCUUAAGUACAUCGAGAAGGGGUUUUACCUGGGGAUCACGGGGUAUAUCUGCAAGGACAAGAGCGAUGGAGGCAUCAGACGGCUGCUGUCGGAGGGAAUUCUGCCGCUAGACAAGCUGCUGGUGGAGACCGACUCGCCGUUCAUGUACCCCAACAUGCGGGCCUCCAAGCUGCCCUUGCAUGUUAAGGACUCGCUAACUGAGAGAUCCAUGAACUUCGUGAACCGCUACUGCACGUUCCAACGCAACGAGCCGUGCGCGCUGCCCGCCGUGGUCGAGCUAGUGGCCGGCUUCCUCGCGCGCGCGCCGGAGGACGUCGCCCUCGCCACAGCAUUUAACGCGCUCAAGCUGUUCGGUCUUAGCCAGUGAUUGUUGUCAAGAAUCUGUGAAGUCGAGGGGUAGUCGGGAUGCUCGAGUAAGUUUAGCGGCCUGCAGGAGCUAUAGUGGCCUUCGGCAGCCCGUCUGAGGCCCCUGGUGUGGGGUAGUGCGGACCGCGCUUAACUAUGAUAUAUCUCGCCCUUCCCCUCCGUAAUGAGGCUUCCGGGUGCUCGCAAAGCUCGCUCGAAAAUCUGCGGCCCACAUG